AUGAUUGAAGUUGAAGAGAAAGAUGACAAACCUAUAGAGGACAGGCAACAUCUGCCUUCAGUGGGAGAGCUCUCAGACCACAGUAGAGAGGAUUCUUUCAUUUCUUUGGAAAAUGACAAGGAUGAAACCUAUAUACCAGAAGAGGAGUCGACAUCUGAAGAAGAGUUGCAAUCGAACACCAUAGUAAGGACAUUACCACAACGGCAGAGAAGAGAACCAGACAGGUAC